AUGAGAGCUGCAAACCGGUCCAGCGUGUCGGAGUUCCUCCUCCUGGGACUGUCCAGGCAGCCCCAGCAGCAGCAGCUCCUCUUCCUGCUCUUGCUCACCACGUACCUGGCCACCGUCCUGGGAAACCUGCUCAUCGCGCUGGCCGUCAGCACAGACGCACGCCUGCGCAGCCCCAUGUACUUCUUCCUCAGCCAGCUGUCCUGCGUGGACGUCUGCUUCUCCUCCACCACGGUCCCCAAGGUGCUGGCCAACCACAUCCUCGGGAGCCACACCAUCUCCUACCCUGGCUGUCUCACGCAGAUGUAUUUUGUUUUCCUUUUCGUGGACAUGGACAACUUCCUUCUGGCCGUGAUGGCCUAUGACCGCUUUGUGGCCAUCUGCCACCCCUUACAUUACACAGCGAAGAUGACUCCUCAGCUCUGUGCGCGGCUGGUCUCUGGGUCCCGGGUCGUUGCCAGCCUCAACGCGCUGUUGCACACCCUGCUGAUGGCGCGGCUGUCCUUCUGUGCGGACAAUGCCAUCCCGCACUUCUUCUGCGACGUGACGCCCCUCCUGAAGCUCUCCUGCUCAGACACGCGCCUCAACCGGCUGAUGAUUCUCACCGAGGGCUCCGUGAUCAUGAUCGCCCCCUUCGUGUGCAUCCUGGCCUCCUACGUCCUCAUCGCCGGCGCUGUCCUGAGAGUCCCGUCCCCCAGGGGAAGGUGGAAAGCCUUCUCCACCUGCGGCUCCCACCCGGCCAUGGUCUGUCUCUUCUACGGCACCAUCAUCGCUGUGUAUUUCAACGCUUCGGCCUCACACUCCGCGGAGAAAGACACAGCGGCCACAGGGCUGUACACAGUGGUCACCCCCAUGCUGAACCCCUUCGUCUACAGCCUGAGGAACAGGGAUUUGAAAGCGGCUCUCAGGAGAGUGGUCCCCAGGCAGAUGUCCUUUUACUGA